AUGGCCACCCAUCUCUUCAUCUUUUUCUCCCUCUCCUCUUCCCUCCUCCCCCCCGCCUCUGCCACUUCCUCCCCUGGUGGCCACGGUCCCUGCAAGGACGCCGGUGACAUCGCUAGCAUCUGCUCUCACACCGACUACGUAUCUCUCUGCAUUAACGCAGCCCACACUUACGGCCAUGCGUACGCCGUCAUCGAUGCUGCAUCUCUAUUCGGCAUGCACAUUCAUAUGGCAAGCGACCGCACAAAGACCGUGAAGGAUCUUGCAUCACAUUUAGCCGCUAAACCAUCCAGCAGCAAAAGCGUGAAGCAGGCUUUGGUUAUCUGCAUCAAGAUGUAUGAUGAUGCAUUGGAUGAUCUCGUGAAGGGGAGUGAUGCCAUCAAGGCACGCGAUGAAGGGACUGCCAACAGCAUGCUGAGCGGAGUCAUAUCUUACUACAGCACCUGCGAUGAUGCUUUCACGGAGAUACCUGCGCCAAACCCCCUGUGCAAGCAAGAUGGUACCUUGAUGCAUAUAGUGAGCAAUGCAUUGGCACUUGCCCACUUGAUCCUCUCCAAAGGGCCUUGA